AUUUUCGUAUAAUUUAUUUUAUUUUUGUGUGUUUUUUAUUGAAUUUGUUUUCUUUGGAUGUGUGAGGAAUCUUUUUAGGUGUGUUUGGUAUUCUCCAUUUCUCCUCCUCUCUUCUUUGUUUUCAGGUUCGUGGACAAACUGCCAAGCAAAUUCAAUCCAGGUGAAAAACGCGAAAAUCAAGCUUUUCUGAUGUCUGAGGAGGACAAAACUCUUAUCGAAAUACUCGAGGAGAACAACCCAAUUGACAUUAUAAAGUACAUAAACUUUGUACGUGCUCCAAAAUGUGGCGCUAUAGCGACUUUCUCUGGUACAACGCGUGACACUUUUGAUGGAAAAGCCGUUGUAGAACUGAGAUACGAAGCAUAUGUUCCUAUGGCAAUCCGCUGUAUCAAGUCCAUAUGUACUUCAGCUCGGGAAACAUGGAAUCUGAACUUAAUUGCCGUGGCUCACUGUCUCGGUCCUGUUCCUGUUGGUGGAACAAGCGUUUUUAUUGCCACGUCAUCAGUUCAUCGGGUUGAUGCAUUGGAUGCGUGUCAGUACUUGAUUGAUGAAUUGAAGGCAACGGUGCCAAUUUGGAAGAAGGAAGUUUAUGCAAAUGGUGAGGUUUGGAAGGAGAAUUCGGAGUUUUUGGAGAGGAGGACUGAAAUUGGUGAGAACUUCCAGCCCGGCCCGUUUAAUUCCAGCCGGCCUCGGGCCAGCCCUAAGCCUGGCCCGUUGAACAGGUCUAGUGAGAAGAAGGGUUGUUGUGGUAACAAGGUUAGGGUGGAUGAAGAAAGAAGUAACAAGAAAAAUGAUGAUAAUACAGGAAUACACCAGUAGAAAUGUCACUUAGCAAUUAUUUUCUUGAACUGAUUUAAUCAGUAACUAUUGAUAUGAUCAAUAAAUUAAUUUCUUUCUGGAA